AUGAGCACAACACAAAACCUUCCACCCACUAAUAGUGAAAGUGAACGUAUUCGUGAACGAGGUGGAUCUCGUUCUCGUAUGCGUUCUACUUCCCGUAGUAGAUCACCACGAACCAGACCCUCAAGACGUCGCUCUCCCUCAAAAAUGAUUAAUUAUAUUUUAGAUCCCGAAGAACCUGACCCUAGUCGUGUAUUGGGAGUUUUUAAUUUGAGUCUUAGAACUGCUGAAAGAGAUUUACAAAAUAUCUUUGAACGAUAUGGAAAAGUAAAUCAAGUUACAAUCGUUUAUGAUCAUAGGAGUGACAGAUCUCGUGGAUUUGGAUUUGUUUAUAUGGAUUCAGUUGAGGAAGCAACAACCGCCAAAGAAAAAACUAAUGGAAUGGAAGUAAAUGGCAGAAAUAUGCGUGUUGAUUAUUCUUUGACACAAAGGCCACAUACGCCUACUCCCGGAGAAUAUAUGGGCGAUAGACCUCGUUAUCGUAGUAGUGGUAAUGUUUAUCGUCGUACACCAUCUUAUUCCCCUCGAAGAUUUAAUAGAAGAAGAAGUCCUUCAAGAUCUAGGAGCCGUAGUUGGUCAAGAGGUCGAAGAAGGUCUCGUAGUAAUAGUUUUUCAAGAUAUAGAAGAAGUUCACCAGGUCGUAGAAGAGGAUCUCGUAGUUAUUCACGUUAA